CGCGCUGGAGCCAGUCCACAGCGACCGAUUUCAAACUUCACUCGUGUUCGCGUGCACCCCACACACGCCCAAACUACGUACUUAAGGUUCCUGUUUACAAGCCAAACCCAAGGUAAAUUCACACUAGUGAUGUCAACAUCAUGGUACAUUUUAAAGCGCAAAGGGUGUCGUGACAGUUCAGAGUGACCAGAGAGUGAUUCGGGGAGCGCGAGCGAACACACAGACCGGACACUCGCGAUGGAGAUGCGCAGCGCCAAAAAAGAAAUACAUCACAGGGUGUUUGUGAACCGGAGUUUGACACUUGAAAACAUCAAGUGCUAUGGAUUUGACAUGGAUUACACUCUGGCGGUGUAUAAGUCUCCAGAGUAUGAGAGUCUGGGCUUUGAGCUGCUCAGAGACAGGCUGGUGUCAAUCGGAUACCCACACGAGCUGCUGGGCUAUUCAUACGACCCUACCUUCCCCACACGAGGCCUGGUGUACGAUACUACGUACGGUAACCUGUUGAAAAUAGACUCCAAUGGAAACAUCCUGGUGUGCACUCACGGCUUUGAGUACCUGAGAGGUGAACAGGUUGAUGAGUAUUAUCCAAACAAGUUCAUCCAGAGGGACGACACUAACCGCUUUUACGUCCUCAACACGCUCUUCAACCUAUCAGAGACGUAUCUUUAUGCGUGCCUGUUUGACUUCUUCGCCAAAACCACCAGAUACAAAAAUUGCCAGAAAGGGUUCAAACACGGAGACUUGUUCAUGUCACACAGAAGCAUGUUUCAGGACGUGAGGGACGCCAUGGAUCACCUUCACGACACGGGCACUCUGAAGGAACGAACACUCAAGAACCUGGACAAGUACGUGAUUAAAGAUCCUCGUCUUCCUGUGUUACUGAGCCGCAUUAAAGAGGUCGCCAAAGUGUUCCUGGCCACCAACAGCGACUUCAAUUACACUGAGGCUAUUAUGAAGUACUUACUGGAUUCCCCGGCUGGCUCUAAGAACCCCAAGAAACCCUGGCGCUCCUACUUUGACCUGGUGGUGGUGGACACUAGGAAGCCCAUGUUCUUCGCAGGAGGGACAGUAUUGCGACAGGUCGACACGGUCACUGGUAAGCUGCGUAUUGGCACAUACACUGGAGACCUCCAGCACGGGACAGUGUAUUCUGGAGGAUCUUCUGAUAUUGUCUGUGAUUUGCUGGAUGUUAAGGGCAAAGACAUCCUCUAUGUGGGGGAUCACAUCUUUGGGGAUAUCCUCAAAUCAAAGAAACGUCAGGGCUGGAAGACUUUCCUGGUGGUUCCUGAGCUCGUGAAGGAGCUGCAUGUGUGGACAGACAAAACCAGUAUGUUUGAGGAGUUGAGACAUCUUGACAUCUUCCUUGCAGAGUUAUAUCAUAAGAGUGAUGAACUUUCUUCUCCUGAGUCCUAUUCUUCUGCAAUCCAGAAUGGCUGCACAGCUGAAAGGCAUUUGGACAGUGGAAGUCAAGAGAGCCCGGAUAUUAGUGCGAUUCAGCGCAGGAUAAAGAUGGUGACAUACGGCAUGGAUCUGUGCUAUGGGAAAAUGGGCAGUCUUUUACGCUGUGGUUCCACAAAAACCCUCUUCGCCAGUCAGUUACUGCGCUAUGCGGAUAUAUACUCUACCACCUGCCUCAACCUCUUAAACUACCCCUUCAGCUACCUCUUCAGAGCCCCCCACGUCCUGUUGCCACACGAGGCCGCUGUGGAGUCUCAGACCAAAGAGCAGAUCACAGAGCUGCCAGAGCACAUGCUCAAAAGCACAAACAUCCAGAGGCAGUGUGAGUGCGACGAUGCCAACUGCGGACAAGAUGAAAAUUGUGCCCGAAAUGACCCAGCUUCAUCCACAGAGACAUGAGGACUGAUAUUUUUUUUUAAUUAUUAUUACUGCUGUAAAUUUGAACUUUUUAUUUAAUGUGUAUGUUGUACUUUCUCAGUUUCCAUUCCUGCCUUAAAACUGUGCAUUGAUACACAGCAGCGCUUGUGUGGUUGAUUUGCAGUUUAGCUAAAGUAUGAUUCUGGCAGAAAUGUCUAAUUUGUGAUUAAAAGGAAUUUGCUACGUUUGCAUGUCAUAUGGUUUAAGUUAACAGCUGUUUUGUUAUUAUUUAUAAAGCAAGUGUAAAAUCAUUAUUUAACCAUUUUAUAAAACUUUUAUAUUCUGUUUAUUCUGUGUUCGUGAUUAAGAGCUUUGAUAAAGCAUCUAGCCUUUUGUCUCAUUGGUGAAA